CGAUGCUUAUUUCGGCGAACAUAACCAGGCUCACCUGCUGCAGCAGAGCUUUGGGUCAGCGAGUGGGUGAGCGUCUCGGAGGUACCUGCGGAGGACCAGCGUGACCGAAGGGCUCGUCUCCUCUCAGUAUCACACACGUUUCCACGAUGAAUGGUCUGAGUGUCGCCACAGCGGUCCAACACUUCUGGAGGAGACGGUGUCUGGAAUCGUGCGCUGGCACGGCUUUUUAAAGCCUACCAGCCACCAUAUUUUCAGGGGCGACGGACCCCAUCAGGAAGCACCGACACUUCCAGCUCACCUUGCCCGGCGAUGGAGGUCCGCCGUUGGAGGCUUGGGAGCUAGGGGGGAGGGUAGAGGGGGGGGGGGGGUCGGCCGCAGUUUCGCCAAAAUUACGACGGGAAUCCGGUACAGCUCCCUGUCUCCCGGCAACGGGAGAGACCAGCGGCCGCUCGUGAUGUCUCGUGCCAAGGAGCGACUGAAAGGCGGGAAGGAGACCAAGGACAGCGUCACCCUGCUGCCCUGCUUCUAUUUCGUAGAGCUCCCUAUUCUGGCCUCCUCUAUUGUCAGUCUUUACUUCCUGGAGCUGACGGAUAUUUUCCAGCCGGUGCAUUCUGGGUACAGUUGUAAUGAUCGCAGUCUAUCUCUACCAUACAUCCUCCCAAGACAGGAAGUCUGUCCAUUGCCUUUGCUCUUCAGCCUGGCCUUCGCUGCACCUACUGUCACUAUUCUGAUAGGAGAGGCAAUCCUGUACUGCUAUCUGUCCAGGAAGUCAUCAGCCAGUCAGACUGAGGCCAACAUCAAUGCUGCAGGCUGCAAUUUCAACUCCUACAUUCGCAGGGCUGUACGCUUCAUAGGUGUCCAUAUCUUUGGCCUGUGUGUGACAGCACUGAUAACAGACAUUCUUCAGCUAUCCACUGGCCAGCAUACUCCCUAUUGGCUGGAUGUGUGCAAACCUAACCUGACUCACCUUAACAUGUCUACCUGUGAUGAAGCGUUUAUCCUAGAGGAUAUCUGCUCUGGACAGGACAUAGGGCUCAUCAAUGCUGGCAGGAAAUCUUUCCCCUCCCAGCAUGCUACUCUGGCUGCCUUUGCUGCUGUCUACAUCUCAAUGUACUUCAACACGGUGUUGACUGACUCAGCCAAGCUGCUGAAGCCUCUCCUGGUGUUCUCCUUCGUCAUGCUGGCCAUCCUGGCUGGGUUAACCAGGAUCAUCCAGUUUAGAAACCACCCCGUUGAUGUAUACUGUGGGUGGGUGCUGGGAGCUGCCAUUGCUGUUUACCUGGGUGUGUACGCCGUGGGGAAUUUCCAGCCUAGUGAAGAUUGCUCCAGGAGUAGACAACCUGCCCCCAUACUGAGAGAGCCACCCCUCUCCUCCUUGCCCAAUGUCAGCCAGUCAGCAAUUGGCAACAGCCAUCAAGGCCACCACACACUGGGUCCCAGCCAACCAGAACCUAUUAUUACAAGGACGUCUUCCCACCCCUUGGUCCCAGAGCAAACAGGACCCAUCCUAACGCGUAGCGCCUCUUGUCGAGAGCCGUCUAUGACCAAUUUGAAGAGAGCCAGUGCUGAAGUGGAGGUAAUAACUCCGUCCAGUCCAUUAGGCAACCGUGACAACAUGAUGACCUUCAGCAGCAGCACACUGCCAAGAUCCCACGGAGGUUCCUCGCUGGAGGAAGGUCGUAUUCCACGGCGUCACGCUUCCAUCCACGCCUCGAUGGACUCAACCCGGUCCAAACAGCUGCUCAGCCAAUGGAAGAACAAGAAUGACAACAGGAAGCUGUCUCUGCAGGUGAUGGACGGUAUAAGGCCAGUCUCCUCUUCAUCUCCUCAGAGGAACAUGGAGCUGCGCUGCUCCUCUGAACCGUCUGCCAUGGGUCUGGAGGUGGAGCUCCGCGGUGGAGCCCACCUGCCUAUAGCCACAGGCCAGGAAGCUGAGCUACGUGCUGGGGCGCACAUCCCAGUUCAGUACAUGAAACUAGCAGCUAGCUCUGUUCCUAUGGCCAAUCAUAAUCAUCUGUCCCAUAAUGGGAGCACUGCAGUGGCGGGCGGGGCCAGAGUAUCUAUCCAGUCCCGACCUGGAUCCUCUCAGCUAGUUCAUAUCCCCGAAGAGGAAAAUCCCACCAGCAAGGAUCAGGAGAGUGAAUCCGAGGACAGCAUCAUGGACGGGGGUGGGUCAGUGAGAGAAAAGUGGCUGAGAGUGACGGAGAAGACCACCAUCCCUUGCAGGCCUCUCAGUGCUGGAGGACAGCCACGUCUCAUGCAGGUCAUAGCCUUAUCUAAACAACAGGGUCUGCUUCACUCUCCUCGGUCAGAGGACGGUGGCAGCACUGUCAGUUGCACCGGAUCCAUUCGGUACCGAGCCCUGACAGACCAGGAUCCAUCUCCACCCGCUUCCACCACUGGAGCCAUGGGAGGAGGAGGGGGAGGUUUGGAGAGAACUGGGAGUAUAGUGCGUGUUGAAGCCCACCCAGAGUCCAGAUCAAACAAACCAAUAGUGAAACCUCCGAGCACUGAUGGAAGUGGCUCCUGGCGAUGGAAACCACCAGAACAAAGAGCUUCCCUUCGGCAGUCGGCUUUCAACCUCAAUGACCUGAACAGACACACGGACAGCUGCGAUUCACUGAAGGACGGUGGAUCGGUGGAUGGGAGGAGAAGUGUCACGGGGACAGAAACAGAGAGCGAUGGGGGUGGGGACGCAGGGGGCAGUGGAAUGGGAGGAGGAGGAGGUGUCUACACCAGCCAUCCACAUGUUGUGCACCCGUUACAUCCCUUACAUCCAAAUAAUCCCAACAACUACCAGCACUCCAGUUUUAAUCCUAACAAUUCCAAUAAUCCCAGUUUUAACAACGCUCACCCUAACUUUAACCCUCCUUCUAACAACUCAAACAUGCCGUUCACACCCACUGCCACCUUUGCUCCUCCCUUCCACCCCCACCCUCAAGCAGUCACCACUAUCAGGGUUACACCAGUGGAGGCGACAGCUGCCAGCAGUGAUGGCGGCUCGGACUGCCAGUCGGUUGCCUCAUCCAGCCGUGAAUCCACCUUGAGAAGGAAGAGCAGCAGCAACGUGGUCCACGUCCAGGAUCGAGGGCCUACCCCUGAGUUCCACAACAACCACCGCCUUUGUGAUGACAGCAACCGCCUUGACAAUGAAAGCAGCAACCGCUUUCACGAAAACCUGCGAAGCUUUCAAGAAAACCCCAUUCACCCCAACCACCCCAACAGGCAGCUGCAGGGAGUGUUUGGGCGUCCAAGCCCCACCCCUCCCCCUACUUUACCCCGCCCGAUCCUGACUCACACUCCCCCGCCUACAUUUGGGCUGGCCUACAAAGAAUAACAAGUUCAGUGUGAGUUAUCCAUCUAUAACUACAAUUAUAAAAACAAGUAAACCAUUCUAGACCAACGGGAAAUUUCUGGAGAUGAUGUGAACAACUCCACAAUCUGCUUACCACCUGCAGCCAACAGGAGAUGGUAAAAAACAUUCACACGUUCUCAAAUGACCAGUCAGGCUACUAUAGAUGGCCACUUGUGUCCAGCUUAUUAAAUUCUGUUAGCAGUAGGUUAGAGAUCGACUUUGGUUCACAGGCCAUAGACGUCGAGUCAUGCCUGCUCCCAAUUUCCUCCUGGCCAACAUACAAGGAGUAGCUUGGACUGAGUUUGAGUCAACAUUUCUUCUAAUUUGAUUACAUAUUUACAUAUUUUUAUCAUGUAUCGCUGUACAAGCCAGAUAUUCCUUUUGUAAAUCUGAUAAAUUGAGUGCACUUGUUUCGUAGGCAGAAAGGGGCUUAAAUAAACUGCUGGCCCUUUGACGCUGGUCUACGCUGGUAUUAUUACCCUGCCAGUAAGGACAGAUUCACACUAAUGACUCACUUUUCUCUGGCUGCAAAGGUCAGCUAAAACUGGGGUGACAUUUCUACACAUCCACGUUUUUGUCACACACAGGUAACAUCGAACAUCGUAACCACAUGCCCUUAGAUGGAAUUUUGUAUUCAAAGCCUAUAACUGUGAUUGUGUUUGUACAUAAGAGUGUGGGCGGCCACGGGGGAAAUUAAAUCCAUGGUCUUAAUUAUGUCUGGACUACAAAGAGUCCCUUCUGGGUAAUAACAGUAUAUCUUAUUUGAUGGUGGUAUUGUGUUUGUGUUGAAUAAGAACAAUAUCAAGGGGCAUAUAUGGUGUUUAGAUAUACUAAAACAAGCACUUUUUUCAUGCUGUGUUUUAUUGGUGCGCAGUGUAUAAAUGAUUCUUACUGUGUGGUAGUUGUACUGACACAUGCAGCAUCGCCUGAACAAACCACACCACCAAGGAUGUUCAUUUCUUUCCUGUUCUUUAUUUUGAUUUCCCAGCUCAUCGUCUUUAUGACUCGGUAUUACAGCCACUCUAAGGAAGAAACAUGGAAUCAUUACAGAAUAAAGUUGGAACGAUUAUGAGAUAAAGUUUUAUAAGACAAUGUUUUAUGAUGAAAAAGAUAAUAAUUAUACACGCACGCUGAAGUAACAGCGAGGAUUUGUACUUUAAAGUGAAGAACGAGUAAAUAUAAGUGAAAUGCCACUUUGUUCCAUUUUCAAAGAAAAUCAGAAUAUUUUAAGAGAAAAGGUGUACAGUAUAAUUAAAAUGUAAUUACCAUAAUUUAAAAAGCAUUUUCAGGAAAAGGUCAAACUGUUAAAAUAAUCAAAUGUAAUUUUAUUAUAUAUGUUAUUUUCAAAACAUAUAAAUGAUAAAAGAUAAUAAUAUGAAAAUAUUUCCAUUAAUAAUACUUUAUUAUUUUACAAAUAAAUCACCCAUUAUAGAAGAUUAAAAAAAAAACCAUUGGGAAUAUACCAUAGAAAACAGAGUCAGGUUUUAAAAUUAGGUUUAUAUUUCAAUAUUGUGACAUGUUUGCAUCUUUUUUUUAACAUUUCCAGCUGUCUGUUCACAUAUUUAUUAUUUUUUUUUCUAAUGGUUCGCAGUUGUGGAAAUAUAAAAUGAAAACUUUGUUUUCAUCUCAUACUCUCAAAUACUUUAAUAUUUGCAUGUGUGGGUAAAUUCAUAGAGUAUAGACAGUGUUAUUAUUCUUACUUUUUUCACUCAGUCAUUGAUCUCAGUGGAAAAAAAAAAAUGUUUUUGUUGUUGUUGUUUUCUUUUUAAAUGUAUAGAUUGGCAGUUAGAAGAAUAUUUAAUAGACAUUUUCUUAACCCAGUGUUUACAUUGUUCAAUAAACUUUGUGCCCAAGUGCCAUCAAAGAAAAGUCCUGUAGCUGUAGGCUAGUCACAUAGAUACCAAGUGUUUGUGCAGGACUCUACUUUGUUUAUCUUGAUAAGAAUCUGCCUAGAAACAGCAAAGUCACAUGUUUGGAUUGUGAAAACAUUCAGAAAGCACCAAUACGUGUGGCGGGUGAUUUACAGCUGCUGUGCUGUGUAGAUAUCUAUAUAGUUUAUGUACAUGUUUGCUUCUGCUCCAGUAUUUCUUUGCUUAUUGCAGCUGUCAGUGCAGUGAAUGAUUAAGAUAACGUUUGAUGCUACUGGAAAGAAUGGGCCUGUCGAGCUGUUUUAAAUGGUCAAGCGAGCUUUAGUAAUAUAGUACAUUUCAGAACAAAAGUUGACCUAAAUUGCUUUCAAUCAAAGAUCUGUGACAUGCUAACCACAUAAGCACAAUGGGAAUCAGUGCAAGGCAAACUAAGGAAGAAAAGUAAAUGUAUAAGAUAGUAGUGAGCUUGAUAGAAAUCACGAGGGAACCUCAGAAAAUUAGGUAGAGGACUAAUAUGAAAGUGCCAGAUACUUUUAGUUGUUACCCAACCAACAGACGACUUGAAUGUACCCUGAUCAAGAAGCAAGUUUGAUGGAUUCAGGAUGGUUUCCCAGCCGGUGAAGUCAUUUUUGUGUUUCGGUUGUUUGUUUGAAUUCUUUUCAGCUGUUUUUUUUUUUGUUUUUCUUUUUCUUUUUUUCGAGACCAGCUAAAGAUGUUGUGUAAAUUUGAAAUGGUGUGUAAGUUGUGGAGGGUUCUAGCGUCAUCACAUUAAAGAGACACCUGUUAACAAAUGCAUGCUUAUUUUGGCCAAUUGAAAUUAAAUAUCAGAAGUGAAAUGGUGUUUGUGAAAGAUAUUUCUGAACACAGUGACGCAAUGGUGAAUGAUUCCUACAGCUCUGAAAUGUUCAUCAGGCUAUAAAAGACUGCAUGCUGACUGAUGGACACAUCAUUGUCCUUGUCUCUGGAUCGCCAAGACUUCAGUAAAAACACAAAUAUAUUCUGAUUCCCUAGAGUUGGGGUUAGAGUUGUUCCUGAUAAUGCCUUCGACUGCAGAAGGAGUUUUGUUUUACAACAAAUCCAGUUACUAUCAGUUCUUUGAUCUUCUCGUAUUCGUUGUCUCUUUGCUAUGAAAGAUUUAAUCUGGUGGGUAUUUCCCACUAACUGAGCCCUGCAAUUCAUUUCUGCAGUUGAAUUUUACUAAGUUUCUGGGUAAGCAGCAGUUGAUGAGCAGUAGAUGUGUAUGCAUGUGUUUUAGCUCAGAAGGUUUUGGUGAAGUUUGUAAGGCUUAGAAAACAUUUUAGUUUUCUGUACACAUUUUUUUUCUACUGCUUCACAAGUUUACAAGUAACGUUGUCCUGUUAAUGGGAGAAUGCAGAUGUACUAAUAGUAAAAAAAAAAAUAGUGGAUGUACAAGUAUGAAACUAUAACCACAACAUGUGUGUAGAAUUGUUCCAACAUGUUUGUGGUUCGUGCUCUGCAGGUGAUUCCAGUUCAGCUGUGUUUGACAGGAAUACUGUGACUGGUAUAAGAAAAUCACUACAUACGUGUUGAUCCCUGUGUUCAGGCCUGGAAAGACAAGAGUUUAAUGUGACAUGUGACAUGAUUCUCCACCGCCGUGUAGGUGGAGAAUCAUUUUGAAUCUCCAAAAAGUGGAUGUCUGCACUCUAAACAUUUUAUACUUGUGUGUCGCUUUGAUGGACUAAAAUAAGCUGUGAUGAUUGUGGAACAGAGAAACUGGUUUGGGAAUAUGAUUUGUGCUUGAAGGACAAUUUGGAGUUCAUUUUUAUUAAGCACUGGCGGGGAAGUCAUUCUGCAUAUUAAUGUUCAUAAUUUAUGACUGGAUGUCAUAAAUGAUUCUGAUCUGGUUUUUUAAGCAUUUGUAUAUUUCUAAUGUGAAUAUUUCUAAACACUUCUACUUGAUUUUAUCAUUGUUAAUAUGUAGAGUUUGAUAAUGGAGGAGUUUGGAUGAUGAUACUGAAAAGCACAUCUUGUCAGUUGAUGAAGGUGGGUGACUUUGAGUCUCUGGGAUUCGAUUUAAAGUCUGAAGCAUACAACGACCUGCAUCUAUGCUCAGAUGUGAUUGGAGUGUAAUUCGGAACAACAUGGAAUUGUUUCAAAUAACAUGUAAUAGUAUAGUAAUUAUGUGGAUAAUCCCCCUGCAAAUCAUGCACAUGGUGUCAUGGUGAGCCCAAGAAUUAGAACUGAACAAGCCAAGUGUCACUGCACCUGAUCAUUACUGUCACAGAAGCAGCUACCAGGCUCCUCUUUAUGCUCUGCACAGAUUUCUGGUUCUAAUAAUAAUUUCAUAUAACAACAAGGGUUUUUUUCUUUUUUUCCACCAUCAGCCUUAAUUUAUAGUACAGUAUAAAAUCUCUGCAGAGCCAUAGUGGGUCCUGGUAUGUGCUAUUCAAAUAUGCUGUGUUUGCACUGAAUAUUACAGCCAAGCAGACCAAAGCCGGUUUUUCAGGUCUGUGUUGCUUUAAUGUGUAGUUUAUGUUCUGGGUAGGUGCACAGUGCAAAUUACAGCAUACACUACAGUGUUGGUACACGGCUCAGUACUAUGAAUCAAUAGGCAUGGUUUCACAUGACCUGGUACUAAUCGUGUUCACUGACACUAAUAUUUGAAGCGCUUCUCACAACUUAUCUCAAAGUUGCAACCUUACAGUGUUAAUUUUAGCUUACCUCUGUGUGCCAUGGUGUGGAGUGUGUUAUCAAACUAGAGUUUUCAGUGCACAGCAGUCUUUGGUUUGGGACUAGUAACAGUUAUUAGCUAAGGACACCAGGGUUGGAGUUUUUUUCAGCUAACAGCUACACGGCUAACCUUCUUACGCUAACCUGCCUGUUGUUACACGAUUUAUGGCCUGCUGGUUACAACACAUUCACUGUGUUCAUUUUAAUACAAUGUAAAUUACCCAUAACUGAAACUAUUUAAUAACUGUCAUAUUUAUAAUAGUAGGGUUAUUUCUUUUUUUCAUUCAAUCUCUAUUGAUAGAUACAAUGUAUAGAUAUUUUAUAUUGUUGUGUGUGAAUUUUUUAUAUCUGCUUGUAAAAUUUGUUGCUAAUUAUCAUUAAGGCUAUUGUUGUUUUAACGUGUUGUAAUGUUUUGUAUCUUGUUCUAUUUGAUCUGAACAAGACCCUAAAAUCAGUCAGUGAUCACUGUCAGCCUCUCUCGGUUUUUAUUAGCUUAUUCAUCUGCAGUUUUUAAACCAUGUGAUGUAACUACAGCUCAUCGGCUCACAGUUUGCCAGACACCAGAUAUUUGAACAGUUCAGAAAAGAAUCACUCGUAGGCUAAGAAAGAUUGGAAUGUGUGCGUGAAGCUGGGGAUCAGGACGUUUUCAUAGCAAGUAAUACAAACCAUGCAGCAGUAGUGCUGGGGAUGGAUCAUCUCAGAUGGUCUCCUGGCUGAAGUUUGGUCUGUUUUCAGCAUCUUUUUCCUGUCAUGUGAUUACAUUUGUCUCUGCGCAUCAGAGACUCUCACGGUAACUUUUACUGAGGGGAAAAAAAGUUGGUGUUUGUCCUCCAGCUUCACUGUGCUAAUGCACUUAUAUUAUCAUAUCCAUAGCUCUGUAGCUAGCCACCAGCAUUAUAUACCAGCUAGCCCAACUUCAGUAACCCUACAAACAUCACUGUUGUUUAGUCUUCUGUCUUCAUUUAUGUUGGAAGUA